AUGUCCACGAAGGCUACAGGGAGCCUACUCGGGCCAUGGCACCAUAAUGAUAUCCCCCAGCAUAGUAUCAAACCCAGCACUGAUAUGAACCAAGUCAUACAGCAGCCCAAUGAGGUUGACUAUGCCCAUCUCACACAAGGAGAGCGGCUCGCCUCUCAGUUGAAGGCAGACUUGAUGAAGAACCCGAAGUUCUCUAAUCCCAUGAAGAUGUACCAAGACAUGGCUGCUGAGUUGAAAGCCCACUAUCCCCAUUUCGGUACCAUCACCACUAAGGAGAGCUCCUUCGUGUUGGCUCCAGCAACUGCCUCACUAUUGCCGACUUAUAAUGGUAGAGUCCCGCUAGACUUCCUCGACACUGUAGCAGCAGAUGAUGGCGAGGAAGUGACCAUCAUCACUUCAGUGUUGCAAGACCAUACUGCUGCUACAGCUGUUGUAGCCGCGGCUCCCACUCCAGAGAUUACUAGCUUCGGUGCUUAUGGUCCUCCUGAGAUCACCACCAUGCAGCCCACGGUCCAAUUGAACCCCGCUGGAGCACCGUUGCCAACUGUUGACAUACCGCCCCCGCCCGAACUGACAUUUCCUCCUGACGUGUUCACUAACAUUGAAGGACUCGUCAACUCUAUCACGCUUCCUGAUCCGACUACCUUCACCGCGGGAGCUCCAGGGACAUACCAUGAGUUCCCAGGGCCCAUCGACAUCAGCACCGGCCAUGCUGUACCCAGUGUAGAUGGAGAAAUCAGGACAGCCGCUGACCUGGGCAUGCAAGACCUCGUCGAUAGAGCUAACGCGCUCAAUAAGCAAUUAUUCGGCCACCCAAACACGGGUGUCCCGUCUCAGAUGUAUAAGGACGUCUAUAAUGAGAUCGUCAACAGAGCCCAUGCACUUGGAAGAUACGACGUGUUCCCACGUAUAGGAAGUGCUAUCACUGACGCCAUCGGUAGUCAACCUGAGCUAACUCGUGAGUGA